AUGGCGCCAAUAUCUGCCGCCAUUACCAUCCCCGCGAACUCAACAGGCGGCUUUCUUGGAUUAUUCAGUCCUGACACAGCCUUCAAUUCCUCAGAGAACCACAUUUUAGCCGUAGAAUUAGACAGCUUCGGCAAAGACUGGGACCCUCCAUUUCCUCACGUAGGAAUUGAUGUCAACUCUCUUAGGUCUGUGAAUACUACUCAGUGGCCUAUCGAUCUCGUGCCACCAGGGUCAAGAGGGAAUGCUCGUAUUUCAUAUGAAUCUAAGACCAAGACACUGAGUGUGUCGAUUGGUUAUCCUGAUGCUAAACCUGCAAUGUUUGUGUCACUGUCGCAAAUCGUUGACUUGAAGGGUGUUUUGCCGGAAUAUGUUAGAAUUGGGUUCUCUGCGGCCACUGGGGAUUUGGUUGAGACCCAUAACCUUUUUUCUUGGUCCUUCCGUUCGUUUCUUGAAGAAGAUAACAGCUCAUGA